GAAGAAGAAGAAUAGAAAGGAGGACAGCUGGAACUCUCGUCCAGUUUAUAAACUCGUUGCUGGGGACGAGAUCGGCCGGCGGCGAUUCACGUGAUCCGGAGUUGAACAAUUGCUCCCCGGCCGAUGUCGGAUUGCACGGCUGCUGAUUGGUUUCUCGGUGGAUCAACCGUGGGUUGCCGCAAGCGGCUUGGGCUGGAUGUGGUCAGUCUCGGCUCCCACUUCGGGGUCCGUCACAUGAGUCACGCUGGGGUCCAGCCCCGAUGCCACUCCGAUUAUCAUUUUGUAGAUCCAAGCAUGACUCUUUCGGUUCGAUCUGGGGAACCCCGAGGGUCAAGGCUCACUGGAUUGGUGGUGUUAUGGAAGGUUAAUCUAUAUUCGUGACCAACUCAAACUGUCGCUCCCUGGUACCCGCCCCCCCUCCUCCUCUCCCAACACUCAAGGAGCAGUGGGCGAUAGAGGUUAAGAAUAGCAAGCGAGGUGCUCUGAGUCACAGGUUGAUGCUCAGA